AUGUGAGGGAUAAUCAUUAAUGAUCUGAUUUCUAACUCUAGCAUAGUAAAAUGACCAUCAAGAGAUCUUACAUUGACUAAAAAUCUGAAUUAUUUCCGUGAAGCGAGCAACAGGAAGAACUCAAACUUCAGGGAAUUCUUCCUUGAACAAAGGAAGAGGAUUGUUGAGCUCCAAACCAGCAAUUUGAGGACCAGGACAAGACCCAAGAUCAACAUUGGACUAUCAGCUAGGAGCAAGACUAGCACUCAGAUCUUUCAGAGGGAAGAAUUAGGUGUAAGCGACCUCACUUCUUUCAGAGACCGCAAGUUAAUUAAGGAGAGAAAACCUCCAGGCAUCAAUGUGAAUGCAACAGCUCAUUUCGGCCAAAGUGCUGCAGACGAAGCUGAAGGAGAGGAAGAAGGCUUACUCCAAAGAAUAUCUGAUUUAGAGCAGAAGCUCUCACUUCAGGAACUAGACUAUGAAAAUAAGCUAAGAACAUUGAGAAACAAGAAGGAUCAAGAGAUUGAGGGUUUACAAGGGAGGAUUAAGGAGCUGAUUGGAGAAUUAAAGAAUGAAAAAGAUAAUAAUGCAAAAUAAUAUAGAGAAAAUGAAAAAUAUGAGUGAAGAAAUGCAAACUUUAAGAAGUUCAAUUAAUGCCAACAAGGUUGAAGGAAAAUUUGAUACCUCUAAAUUACUCAGAAUUCCUGAAGCUCUAACUCCAGUAACACAAACCUCCCCAAAACAAGAAGCCAUAGAAGCCAAGAUGAAAGAUUUGCUAACUGACUCUACUACGUUACGAGACCAGUUCAAAUAAGCUGGUGACAUUCCUCAAUGUGCAAUUGUUCACUGCAACUGGCGAUCAGAAAUAUCGACAGCUUACCUUUACAGAUAAGUUUAUCCCAAAGAACCUUCAGGAAGAAAUAGAUGAAUUCAUGUACAAAUCUGAGGCGAAUUUCUCAGAUUUAUGACCUGAGAUCAAGAACAACCUUCGAGUGCUACUUCAAAAUAUGGAAAAUUGCCUGCAGAUUUUCCUAUAA